GCGAGGUGGAAAAGCAAGGGUAUAGCUGCUGGACUCUGUCGGCUCUGCUCUCAGCUGCUGGUCAUUCUUAGGAGCGAGCAGGCAAGCGAAGAUGUCCGGCCGCGGGAAGCAGGGCGGGAAGGCGCGGGCCAAGGCCAAGUCGCGCUCGUCGCGGGCCGGGCUGCAGUUCCCCGUGGGCCGUGUGCACCGGCUGCUGCGCAAGGGCAACUACGCGGAGCGGGUGGGCGCCGGCGCCCCGGUGUACCUGGCUGCCGUGCUGGAGUACCUGACGGCCGAGAUCCUGGAGCUGGCGGGCAACGCGGCCCGCGACAACAAGAAGACGCGCAUCAUCCCCCGCCACCUGCAGCUGGCCAUCCGCAACGACGAGGAGCUCAACAAGCUGCUGGGCAAGGUGACGAUCGCGCAGGGCGGCGUGCUGCCCAACAUCCAGGCCGUGCUGCUGCCCAAGAAGACCGACAGCCACAAGGCAAAAGCCAAGUGAACACGGGAAAAAAGGCACGUGUCUCCUUUUGGAGAAAAUAAUCCAAAGGCUCUUUUCAGAGCCACCCACAAAAUCACAGAAGAGCUGAGUUAUCCAUGCUACAGUUAACGCCGUGUUAUAUGAAUUACUCAACCCGUGUUUUGUCUUAUUUUCUGCAUGUUUAU